UUUUCACUUUCUGAUUUCCCCAGGUUUCAACUAAAUCAACCAGUACCAAUGAAAGUCAUAUCAGAUAAGGCCGUAAAGAAGUAUUUAGAGAAGCACUUGGAUUGUAAUACGAUCCUUGAAAAGUUUCAACCUGCUUUGCUCUCUGGACUUGCAGUUUAUGCUGCAAAUCCUGAAAAGAUUAUCCCACCAAGAGUUGUACAGUUAUCAAAUAAUGCAAAUUCAGAUACUACACAUUUAUUCAUGCCAUGUAUCUCACCAUCUGAAGUGGGGAUUAAAGUUAUAAGUGGUGGACCUGGGAAUAAUUCCAAAGGAUUAGGGUUUCAAGGAUGUAUGUUAAUUUUAGAUGAGAUUACAGGAUCAGCAAGAGCCAUUAUGAAUGCAAAUACUUCUACUGCAUUUAGAACUGCAUUAGCAAGUACAUUAGGAUUAAGUAAAGUUAUAAAAUAUAAUGAGUCAAAAAUUUUACCGGAAUUAACAGUAUUUGGGGUUGGACCUCAAGCUUACUGGCAUCUAAAAUUAACCUUAAUAAUAUAUAAGGAAUCAAUUACAUCAGUAAAUAUUAUGAAUAGAACUUUAAAGAAUGCUGAGAUCUUAGCAACUAAUUUGAAAUCUGAAUUUCCCCUGGUACAAUUCAAUAGUUAUCUGUAUAAUGAUGAUGAUGAUUUAGAAUUUGUACCUCAUAUUCAAAAUAGUUCUAUAAUAUUUGGGUGUACUCCAUCUACUAAUGCAGUAAUUAAGAAUUCAUAUAUUAAUAAGGAUAGUAGGUAUCCUAAAUUUAUAUCAUUGAUAGGAUCUUACAAGCCAAAUAUGAUAGAGUUAGAUUUAGAUUUCAUUAAGAGUGAAUUUAAAGAUACAAGUAUUAUUGUUGACUCUAAGGAGCAUACAUUACAAGAAGCUGGUGAACUAAUUCAAGCUGAUAUCUCUGAAUCACAAUUAAUAGAUAUUGUUGAAUUGUAUAAUUUAGAGUUAAAAGAUGCUUCAAAGUAUACUUCACCUAGUAACGUGAUACUUCAAAAGAUCGUGGGACUCUCAAUUAUGGACUUGUCUAUAGGUAAACUUAUUGCUGAAGAUAUUACUAGUGAAGAUGCUGUUAUUGUUGAUGAGUUUUAGAGAAGAGAAAUAAUGUAGGUAGUGUUAAUAUACUGUGUGUAAUCUUAUUUACUAUUAGUACAUU